GGAAUGGCGGUCACAGCACUCACAGCUUGUGAUUCACAUGGCAUACUGUGUAACUUUAUAAUCGUGUAGCUUGUACGUAGUGUCGCAAUAAGAAUCGUAACACAUAGACUGUCCGCAUUUCUACGUAUUUUAUAAGAAUAAUGAGUUCGAAAUCGAAAGAAAGUGGUAGAAAGAGUCUUUCUCCUUGGAUGACGUGUGAAAAGUGUAAAAUUACUUUAACGCAAAAAGAUGUAGCCGAGCAUGCUACUAACUGUCCACCUAAUCUAGAAAAGUGGAAUCAUAAUUUCAUUUGCAAUGGUACAUUGUAUAGUACCAUAGAACCAUGUACACCACAAGAAUCGCCAAAAAAUAUUACUCAAAGAGAGUUAGACAACAUGGUUCUUAUAUCUCUUUCUGCUUUACAACUCUGUGAGAUUAGAUUAGCAGAGCCUGUUAUAGUUUCAGCCAAUGGAUGUGCUAUUGUUAAAACAGUAUGGUCGACUAAAGACAAAACUUCAACAAGCGUUUCAUUGAUACAACAGGCCAUAGAAUUAAAUAAUCUUAAAGGUCCGGUUAAGAUCGCAAAAUUGAACUGCCCUGUUAGUAUUGCUAAAGAAUUUAUAAUCUCCAGUGUUGGGAAACAUUCAUUAUUCAUGGAACACAUUCAUGCAGAUGUAGCUGCAGAAAUUGACAUAGUAUUAAAAAACCAUAAUGAACGAAAAAUAUUUUCUGUAGGUAAUAAACUUAGCAUACCUUUUUAUGGGAAACAAUUAACUUAUAAGAUUACUGAAGUUAUAUCAGAUGAAUGUACAGAUAACAGUUUAAUUGAAGAAUUUAAACAAUUAAAUUUAACACAGAACGAAAUAUGUAAUAUAAAGUUUUAUAAAGCACUUUACAAGACAAAGUGGACUAUUUCAAACAGAGAACAAGAAAACAAAGAAAAUGUACAUGAAAGACAUAAAUAUAAGAUAGAGAAUAUCGGCGGAUACGAUCAUAUAUUAGAAGACAUUAAAGAUGUUCUUGACAUUGGUCUUGGUAGAUGCAAAAGUAUCUGCGAUUUUUACAUUAGCAAAGGAAUAUUAUUAUAUGGAACUGUUGGUGUUGGCAAAUCUCUCAUUGCCAAUGCCUUAAUAUCUGAAUAUAAUAUCAAUUCCUUUACUAUCUGUAGCUCAGAUAUAUACAGUAAGUCCCUUGGCGAAACAGAAAAAAAAUUAAAAGAUAUUUUCAUGGAAGCUAAAGCCACUGCUCCAAGUAUUAUCUUAAUAGAAGAAAUUGAUAGCUUAUGUCCUAAACGGAGCACUUCGACCACGGAUCAAGAAAGACGAGUUCUCGCUCAAUUAAUAGCACUUUUUGACGAUAUACAAAAUACGAACAAUAAUAUCGUGAUAUUAGCUACAACAUCAAAACUUGACUUGGUCGAUAGUUCUCUUAGAAGACCUGGUAGAAUAGACAGAGAAUUUGAAAUUUAUGUGCCUACUCCGACCAUGCGAACUGAAAUACUUGAAAAACUGGUGUCAAAGAUAUCGAACACUUUAUCCCCGGAAGAUAUAGCAAACAUCGCGUUCGUUACUCACGGGUUUGUUAGCGCAGACUUGUACGGCCUAUGCACCCAAGCAGUUCUAAAUGCCGUAAAGCGACAACAAAAAACAAAAUCCGCUUCUGAACCGUUGAAAGUAACGCUACCUGAUUUCAAUCACGCUUUGAAUGUAACGAAACCAUCGGCAAUGAAAGAAGUUUUAAUAGAAGUACCAAACGUCCGGUGGUCGGACAUCGGGGGACAAAGAGAUUUAAAAUUAAAAUUAAAGCAAGCGGUAGAGUGGCCGCUGCGUCAUCCUGAAGCAUUUAAAAGAAUGGGCAUUACUCCUCCUAGGGGUGUUCUGAUGUUUGGACCACCUGGUUGUUCGAAAACGAUGAUCGCGAAAGCUCUUGCAACAGAAAGUAAAGUCAAUUUUUUAAACAUAAAGGGCCCAGAGUUAUUCUCGAAAUGGGUCGGUGAAUCGGAAAAAGCUGUAAGAGAAGUAUUCCGCAAAGCCAGACAAGUUUCGCCUUCUAUAGUGUUUAUCGAUGAAAUCGACGCUCUGGGAAGUGAAAGAAGUUCAUCCUCUAGUGGAGGAAGUAACGUACAAGAACGAGUUUUAGCACAGUUGUUAACAGAACUUGAUGGAGUCACGGUAUUAGGAAACGUUACAUUAGUGGCAGCCACUAAUCGGCCAGAUAAAAUCGAUAGAGCGCUCCUCCGUCCUGGACGUUUAGAUCGCAUAAUAUAUGUGCCAUUACCGGACGACGAAACUAGGAAAGAGAUUUUCGAUAUAAAGCUAAGACAUAUGCCGAUCGCCGAGGACGUAAAUAUUCAAGAUCUAGUCGAGCUUACGGAGGGAUAUUCUGGAGCGGAAAUUCAGGCUAUAUGUCACGAAGCCGCCAUGAAGGCACUCGAAGAAGACUUAAAUGCAGCCAUAAUUACCAAGGAGCAUUUUAAAGUAGCACUUGCAAUAAUUACUCCUCGAACCCCGACAUCCUUAAUCAAUUUAUACAACGAUUAUAUAAAUAAAAUAUAUUAACUACGUGAAAUUCAACUUUCGCAUGCCAAUUGAAUUUGUCUGUAUUCGAUAGAAUUUAUCGUUCAUCAAAAGAUCAUUCUAUUGUUUUAACCACCGACCAUGCUUUCACUUCAAACUGCUUCUUCAUGUGGAAAUUUCAACAAAAUUUGCAAUCAUAAAAUUUUAGUAACAAAUCAAGCAUGUCGGUGAUAGUAAGGUGCGAUCGCCCUUACGGUAAAAGAGAUCUAAAAAGAAUGAUCGAAAGGUGUGAAAAUACUAUUGUCUAUACAAGACAUUGAAUAUUAUCACCCAAAAAAUUUGGCUAGUUCUAAUUUUCAAAUAGAAUUCAAUGGCACAAUAGCACGAUCAAGCGUUGUUCUUUUCGUGAUAAUGUUUGGUGUCCCAAACUGUACAUAUAACGGUUACUUGACCAGCUGUUUGUUUCAGUUGCGGUUGUUGUCCUCCGAUGGAACCACAAUGUCCACCGUGCCCCCCGUCAUGUCCCCCAGAACCUAUAAUAUGUUGUUCCCCGUGCCCCAGUCCAUGUAGCCAACAAAAUUGCCCACCGCCCACACCUGCUGUCUGCUGUCCUCCUUCAUUACCCUGCCCCCCGCGGCCUUUUACGUGCCCCCCCUGUUGUUGUUAUCCGUGCGUUACCUGCGCACCCAUACCUAAGUCGGUACCCGCCCCUCCCGAAUUUGGACCUGUCGUAAGAACGCGUGUCACCACCGGCGGGCUUUUCUAUACCGGGACCAUAAAGUAUACACCUUGUACACCUUGUACACCUUGCGCACCAUCUGUUUGCUGUCCCUAGCUGAUCCUUUAUCUGGUCUCUUCCUGGUCAUGGUUCUAUCACUUUGGCAUCUACUGCGAAAUCGAAAGAAUGUACUUAGUAUACUCUGUCGUAAAACUUCUCGAUAGUAUACUACACUGUGAAAAUCCAAGAAUUUUUAUGUAGAUUCAGUCAACGAAAUUAAUGGUUAAAUUUGUCUUUAUUGGAACACUUAUUAAAAAAGUAUCAAAUCUUAUACAUAAAUUAAGCGAAAUGUCUACAGUUCCUUUAAUUAUAUUGUUUUAUUUAGUUCAUAAAAACAAAGUUUGUACAAGUACAAUGAAUAUGCGUGUGUUUGGAUGAACGUUUGUAUACGUGUUUACAUAGACAAUACGGUGUAAAUCUGCAACGUUCAAUUUUUUCAAACCAUAACGAAUCUUUCUUUUAGGUUGACUUCAUUUUAUUCAUUUCGGAGACGUCUGUGCGAUCUCGGGUGUACAUUAAGUUUAAAAUUUGUAAGUGAACAUCUCGCAAAUUCUAAUG